AUGAAUUAUUUCAUUCAUAGGGCACGAAGGAAGAAGUUGAAAACAACAUUUAAAGUUGUCGAAUAUAGAGGAGGCCGUGUUUGCAAACGCUCCAAAGUUACUGUUCCAGUUCAGAUAACAUUACCUGGCCAAUCAUCUCUCUUUGGGCAAGCAAGUACCAGUGAUCAUGAUAUUCUUAGCAAUGCAGGUGUAGAUGAACUUGAUCAAUAUGAUGAAUCAAUCAUUGACUCUACCUGUAAUGACAAUGAAGAUGAAGAUCAUGCGAAUGAAAUUCCCCAGUAUGGGAAACAAUCUGUAAUAAAAACUCGUGUUAGACAAUACCGUAAAAGGAAGGAAGCAGAAAUUAAAGCUUGGGCCAACAUACGUAGAAGUAUGCUGGAUAAGUAUAUUCAAAGUAUGGCAUUAACCGAAGAUACCAGUUGCUGCUUUUGCUCAAAUAAAGCUGAAUGCAGAUGCCUGCAAUGUGGAAUCUUACAACUAACAUGUGUUGAAUGUUGCACUAAGAAGCAUAAGCAGUCUUUACAUGUGCCAGAGAUAUGGAAGGUACAGUACUGGAAUAUAGCUGCAUGUAAAACUAUAGUGACUUUGUAUACUCAUGAUUCUAUACAACAUCUUUCUGCUUGCGCUGGCUAUGGAAAUUAUAUAAUACACACUCUAGAACAUUUUCAUCUUAAUAUAUAUAUAUAUAUAUAUAUAUAUAUAUAUAUAUAUAUAUAUAUAUAUAUAUAUAUAUAUAUAUAUAUAUAUAUAUAUAUAUACUAUAUAUAGAAACAUAUGAGUAGAGUAAGUAGAGUGCUCGAUAUACUGAAGUAUAGAGCUAAUAUAAAGAUAAAAUUAAAUACACCUGGUUUAUUUCGUAAGAUUUUAUUCACUAAAAACUUUGUUUUGUAUGACAAGCAAUGCUUGCGACAGUCAUUAGGUGAAUUUAAAUGAUAAUUCACCUAAUGAGUGUGGCAAGCAUUGCUUGUCAUACGAAACAAGUUUGUAGUGAAUAAAAUCUUAUGAAUUAGUAAACCAGGUUUAUUUUAUUUUGUAGUUUUUGUUUACACAAAAUCUUGUCCAUGUAUAAGCCCCCUCCCCCUGUGUAUAAGCUCCCUUCGCCCCUUGUGUAUAAGCCCCCUUCACCCCCUGUGUAUAAGACCAUAAAAAACACUUAGGAACUUGUAUGAGCACAGGGUUUAUAUUUGGACAUUUACAGUACUUUCCAACCUACAGAAAAUUCAGUUAUCUGCUAGCAUCAUAUAACUGAGUUAUAUGCAAAUCAGCCUGCAGUGAUUAACAAGCAGUAUCUACACGAACAAAUGUAUAAUAAAACAACUAUUGAGUUGGGUUUUUGCGAUAUGCAAAAUUAUCAAGGUCUCAGUAAGCAUUAUCAGCCUCGCUUUUGGCUCGGCUGAUAACGCUUACUUCGACCUUGAAAAUUCCGCAUAUCACUAAAAUCUCAUCCAAUAAUUGUUAAUUAUUUAGGUAAAUUAGCUUAUAUAUAUACAUGACAAUUGUUGUUUGAUCUGUUCUAUUGUAGGUUGAUAGUUUUGAGGUUCUUGUUUUUCAAAGACAUGUAUGGAAAAAAGCUGAUGACAGUGAUUUAUAUGGAUACGUAGAGGAAAUUACUGUAGUUAAUUCAUCUGUUAUGAAGGUCAACCAAUUGUGCAAUCAUUUAAUUCUAUAUAAUAUGUAGGAUUAAAAAAAUUGCUGUCUGAUUACAUUUUGUUAUGUGGCAACGAUGCAAGAAAAACAUGAAAAUCAAAACAUUUAUUAUAUCAUAUUACUUAAUUACAUACUGUACCUACUACUAUUGAAUGUGUUUUGUAGGAGUUCAGAUCAAAACAUCUGUCAUGUUUUAUUAUGAUGAAGAACCAUGCCUAACUUUAAUUGGUUAUGGAAUGUGGCCAGCUACACCCAAAGAACCAAAGGUUGCGUUUGAGAUCCACGUAAUGGAAGUCGCCGAAGUUCUUUUUCUUGAAUGCCGUUUGUCAACAAAGCAAUUUUGCAAUGCCCUAAAGUGGUUAUGUCCAGAUCUAUUUCAAGCUUAUGUUAGUAGCUAUAACCAACAUUACCAAAGUGGUUACCAAAAAUGUGAAAUUCUUAUUAGUAUGUUUGCAUGUAUGGGUUUGUUUCAUUAUGGCAAUGGAAUGAAAUAUAGUACUUUAUUAAACUGA